UGUAACAUCGAAAUCACAAACAAUCGAAAUAGGUAUGGAUAAAAAUGAAUCGUUUGAAGCCGGAAAAUCGGCUACCCAAUCCUGUCGAUUAUAUUCGUUUGAAGCUGAUGAGAUUACCAUCAGAUUGAUUGAUACACCAAGUAUCGGAGACACGGAUGGAGUAAUUAAAGAGCAAGAAAACUUUACUAAUUUACUUUACCAUUUAAGAGGGUUGUCAAAAAUCAAUGCCGUCAUUAUCAUGUUGAAACCGAACGAAUAUCGAUUAACGGUUUUCUUAAAAUACUGUAUGAAACAAUUGUUAUUCGCGUUAGAACGCAGCGCGAUUAAUAAUGUUAUAUUCUUAUUUACGAAUUCUCGAGGAAAUGUUUGUAAUCUUGAUCACACAAUCCAUCCUUUACGACAAAUUUUAAAUAAAAUUAAGGAGAUAUCACCAUAUUUGGAUGUACUUUUCGUUCCGGACAAUACAUUCUGUAUGGACAACGAAGGGUUCCGAUAUCUAUUGGCACAGAAACAAGGUCAUAAAUUUUCCGAAUGCGAUAAACAAUCAUUUCAAAAUAGUUGGGAUAAUUCUCUUAUCGCUUUAAAACGAUUGUUACAGUAUGUGUCCACAUUAAAACCAUAUCAUAUACAAAGUACGAUUUCAAUUAUGGAUGCGAAACGAUUAAGCAGUGAACCAUUGGGCGAUAUUCUGCUUGUGAUCGAAAACCAUUUGAAUAAAAUUAAACGUUUAGAAGUUAAUCUAAAAGAGGAGGAAAAAAUCGCGGUAGAAGAAAGCGCGAAAGACCGCAUUCAAAAAGAUUUGAAAGGAUAUCGAUGCGAAAGAAUGGAGUGGGAGAAAGAAAAGGAAAUUAUUCAAAGAUCGUUAGCGAAGUUUGCACAUUUUUUAAGUAAUUGUGCCAGUAUUCCGUUUAAUGAUAUUUAUGAAGAGUAUUUGAAUAAGUUAAUCAAAAAAGAAAAAGAUCUUGUCGAUCAAGCUAAUCAAGACACAAUCGCUAACUACGAAAAUCUAAAAGCUAUUUACGAAUCUCACAAGGAGAUUUUAGUGAAGGAAUUGAAAAAUAUACAGUUAACUAAAGGAAACAUUACAAGUGUCGUAGAGGCGCCUGAAAUAGUAAAUAUUAUUAAAGAGCUGUGCGAUUUGAAGCAUUUUGGGAAUAUAAUUAAAGAAAUGUGUGACUAUCAACGGAAAAAUAUUGAUCACGAAAUUAUUAAGAACACAGAAAAAGUCGUCAAACCGAUUCAACUCAAUAAUGAAGAUAAAUUUUUCUUUAGUUCUUGGAUUCAACCCGUUAACGAUAAUCAAAAGAAAACGUCUAUUGUAAAAAAGGAAUGCAACAUUUUGCUCCUUGGAGAAACGGGCGUGGGAAAAUCAACGUUUAUUAACGCAUUUUCGAAUUACCUUAACUUUCCAACACUCGAUGAUGCCCUUGAAGCCGAUAAAAUUCACGCUUUAAUACCAUCAAAGUAAGUAUAUCCCUCGCAACCCUGAUCGUCUCGUCCUCCCAUCUUGCUUUCUCCUAGGUCUCACUCCUUGCAUUCUCCUGUUAAACAGUUAUAUGGGUAUCCAUCCCUUCACUCUGACCGCAUGUUCUGCCCACUGCAAGCCUUGGAUCUGAAUGUACUUUGAGGCCAUUGGCUCCUUGUAGUAGCUAUAUACUGGUUAUAUUUUAUUCUUCAUAUAUUAUUAUCAUACAGUAUGGUUACCACUGGAUUAAACACCUUUUGAAAUGUGCAUACAAUAUACACCAAAUUCAAAUUAA